AUGAAGAAUUUCCCCGUGUUUGUCUUUCCAGUGUCCCUGGAAUUCUAUUUAAAUGCGAGACAUACACAUAAACAAUUGUUAACUGUGUAUAAUCCAUACGAGUUUUCUGUUAAUUUCAAAGUAUUAUGUACAUCACCAAACAAAUUCACUGUAAUAGACCCAGAAGGAGUUAUAGCUCCUCAAAGUUGUAUCGAUAUAGUAGUUAGAUAUUCGCAACCAUCUAUCUCGCAUUGCAAUUCCGCUGAAAAGUUUCGAAUAACAAUGUAUGAUCGAAACACCCAACAGGCAUUGGGUAAACGGGAUAUUCCGACCAAAUUAAUCGAAGGUGAACCAUCUAACAUCAAUCAAGAAAGCUUGGGAGAUAAUUUUCAUCCACUUACUACGAAACCAGCACCAAUAAGAACAGAGGAACAUUCACGAGUUAUAUGUAAUCAUUCACAUCACAGAGAUCAACCCAUCAAUGUUGUGGCCGUAGCAGUGAGUAUAUGUUGUAUAGCAGCUCUACUUUUGCCGACACAACCAGAACAGGUGCUGAAAUCACAAUGGCCGGAGUGGUUGCAUAUCGGGUCUAAUCUUAAGUUAGUAUUUUCAUUUGUCCUAGGACUUGUUAGCAUGCUAGUAUUAAGACCUUGA